AUUAAGAAGGUUUCCCGCGGGAACCGCAGCCCGUGCGCCCUGGGACCCUAGCCCUGGCCGCCUUUCCUGGCCUCAGCUGCGGGAGCCGUUCUCUGGGGGUAGUUGUCAUUGAGUCCUUUCUAGUUCCAGGUACCGUCUGGAAGUAAGUCAACAGCCCAGACGAACUGAGUGUGCGAACUGAGGUUUUAGACGUUCUGAGUGGGAAUUCUGCUCUAAACUUUCUGAGUUAACAAUCGGUUACACGGUUGCUAUCGUCAUUCCGGUUAGCCCUAGUCUGUAAUUGGUAGUUUUUGUUUUUAGAAAUCUCACCUCAUCUCCAAGUAUAUCACUCCUUAAGACUUUUAAGGCCAUCUCCCAGCCUCGGCAGAAGGUAACUGUGCCUGUUGGCUGGGACUUUGUCUAUGGUUUUUGGACCAUUUUACUCCUGCUUCGUAUAAACAUAAUGUAUGAGUGAUGUUGUUAAUGAUUUUGACAGCUCAGUGGUAGAUCCUACAGUGACAAAGUUGUAAAGACGGUCUUAAAACGUCUUUAAUCAUCUUCUUUGACAGGUAUAAUUAUUGUUGACUAGCUGCAGACUGUAAAUAAUACCAAAACUGGUCAUUUUCUAUUAAUAAUAUACAAAUACUGAGUGCCUCGUAGUGUGGGUAGUUGGAGGAGGCGUCCUAACUUUUGCUCUUUCCACCUACAGCCAAUUCUCCACAUAGCAGCUGGAAUAAUCUUUAGUAACAUGAAUCUGACUGGGUUUCUCCCCUCCUAAGUCUUCAGUUUGCCGGCCCCUGGACUCGCCUCCUUCCUUCAUUGUUAGCUGUACCUCUUCCCACUUGCUCUCAGUCGCCACUAUCCUGGUGUUAUGGUGGGUGGUCUUUCUUGUUAAAGGUCUUUUGUGUGGUUUCUUUGCCCUGAGUCUUUGAAUAGUUAUCUGGUUCACCUUAUGAUGCUACUUUGAGAGAAGCCUCCAUAUCUCUUCUCUCUAAAGAACCAUUUCUACUCUGCCAUCCUUCUUCAGUUUAAGAUACUGUCAAUAACAUAGUCAUGUGAGUUGUACAAAAAUAAUUUUUGAAAGUUUAUGUUUAAUGAGAGUAGCGUGAUUGAAUACACUUUAUUUAAAUGUCUUAAAACUUUGAGCUAAAAACAAAACAGAACUGAGCUAUAGUGACUCAAGGCCUGAAUCUGUGUUCCUGGUUGGUUUUAGUGACUGUCAUAUUUGUUAAAAACCUGUUGUUGGAUGCUUUUAAUAAAUGAUGAUACAGUCCUUUUUUUUUUCAGGCUUAAGUAAGCAAGUUUGGAUUUCAGCUAAGUAGAUUUUCAUUAUCCUUUAUAUCAACAAAAGUGUUUUCACAAAUGAAUAAGUAUUACAUUUUUAUGUUUUUAACGAAGUAGGUUCAAAUUUCAUCAGAACUCUUCUUUGGGAAAGAUUUUAAUCAAGUUUAAUUCUGCUUCUGAUUUCUUUAAUGUGUAGAUUCAGAGGCUUUUUUAAAAAAAUAGGUAAUGUGCAGGGGUUUGGGGGGCAAUAAAAUAAUGGAAAUGUUUCUAAAACAUCUAUUUCCUAAAUGUUCUUGCCACAGAAAAGGUUUCUUUUGAUCAUGGUCGCUUCCAUAUUGUAAAGAUUCUCUUAUUUGAGAUAAUAUAACCUAUGUAACCAUUUACUGGGACAUAUGAAAAUUGCAAAAUGUCACAGUAUCAUGAAGUUGAAUAUUCCUUCCUAUACUGUGGAGUCUCCUUACUUUGCUCAUUGUAUGGCUGAUACUUUAUGACAUUGGACAGAUGGACUCAGACAUUGGGGGGGGUACCAUUGUCAAUCUGUGUAUUGCUUGGUAAACUAACCUUGUGUUUUUGUAGAUUAAUAAUACAUAUAGGGUUUUAAAUAUUUUCUUUCUUAGUGGAUUGUCUUGAAUAACUUUCUUUGGAAGUUUGUGUAGACUGAAAUUUGUGAGAACUGCACCUUGACCGUGUCCUGAACUUCACUGAAGGAGUUGGACCCAGGAGAGGAGACAACUUUCUUUAUUGAAAUCAUGAUUUAUAACAUUUAGAAGAGUCCUCUUACUUGUUGGUAAUUUUUGUGACUACAGUUAGAUAAAAAUAAAGCAUGUGAGUAGGAGAGAGGACUUAGCCAAAGAGAAAAUUCGCUUAAAUUGACUGAAACAUCUGUUUUGGUAGGGAAACUGUUGUUCAGUGUAGAACCUAAAUUUUAACCUGAUUGAAGAUGGAGUUUAAAAUUCACUGUAAGUGUAAAGACAAAGGGUGAAUUAGGAAUCCUGAUUAUAUUCUAAUGAUAAAGUAGCCAAGUGUUGUAAAUUUAUUAUUGAAAGCAAAUUAUUUUCUUUACCUUUAGUCAAAGAUCUGUGAAAUAAGGUUUCUAAAACAUUUGUUAUCAAGUAACUUCAAUAUAAUUAUUCUUCAUUUUACGGACAGUUCAUACAUUGGAAUUCCUGACCUCUUCCUCAGAGGAGAUGGGAAAAAAGCAACGGUGUAGACUCGAUGGCCAAGAAACAAAAGCAUCUAAGUUGAUUACCUCCAGUGCAAGUGAUUUCAGUGACCCAGUUUACAAAGAGAUUGCGAUUACGAAUGGUUGCAUUAACCGAAUGAGUAAGGAAGAGCUCAGAGCCAAACUUUCAGAAUUCAAGCUUGAAACCAGAGGUGUAAAGGAUGUAUUAAAGAAGAGACUGAAAAACUAUUACAAGAAGCAGAAGCUGAUGUUGAAAGAGAGCAAUUUUGCUGACAGUUACUACGAUUACAUUUGUAUUAUUGACUUUGAAGCCACUUGUGAAGAGGGAAACCCACCUGAGUUCAUACAUGAAAUAAUUGAAUUCCCUGUUGUUUUGCUGAAUACUCAUACCUUAGAAAUAGAAGAUACGUUUCAGCAGUAUGUGAGACCAGAGAUUAACACCCAACUUUCUGACUUCUGCAUCAAUCUAACUGGAAUUACUCAGGAGCAAGUAGACAGAGCUGAUACCUUCCCUCAGGUGCUGAAAAGAGUCAUUGACUGGAUGAAAUUGAAGGAAUUAGGGACAAAGUAUAAAUACUCCAUAUUAACAGAUGGUUCAUGGGACAUGAGUAAGUUCUUGAACAUUCAGUGCCAGCUAAGCAGGCUCAAAUAUCCGCCUUUUGCCAAAAAGUGGAUCAAUAUUCGAAAGUCAUAUGGAAACUUUUACAAGGUUCCUCGAAGCCAAACUAAGCUGACAAUAAUGCUUGAAAAACUCGGGAUGGAUUAUGACGGGCGACCUCACAGUGGUCUUGAUGACUCUAAGAACAUUGCACGAAUAGCAGUCCGAAUGCUGCAGGAUGGAUGUGAACUCCGGGUUAACGAGAAGAUGCAUGCGGGGCAGCUAAUGAGUGUGUCCUCUUCACUACCAAUAGAGGGCACUCCAGCGCCACAAAUGCCGCAUUCCAGAAAAUAACAGCAUUUUGCCCUUUUGCCUGUGGAUCAUUCACUCUCACUGGAGCUGCUACAAAGAGGUAGCAGAUGAAUACCUAUUGAAUUAGUCCUGCAGUGCAAAAUUUAAGCACCUUAAACAUUUAAAAUCUUAUUACAGUAAUAGGUAUAUGCAUACAUAUGUGAACAGAUUCCGUGGGAGGGCAUAUUGAAUUCUUUGUCACCAGCACUUUUGAUAUGAGCAGUGUUUGUUACACAGUAACAGUUCCUGCUUAGAAUUGAAUUUUAUAAUUUAAGGUGUCCAAGAUGUGUUCUUUGGGUUUAAAAUGCAAAGGUUUAUUAGCUCUCCCCUUAAAUGUCGUAUCUUACUGAUGUUAAAAUAUGUGAUGUAUUUCUACAUCAGCAUCAUUAGAUCAGAUCAUUUCUUCAAAUGCAGAAAAGAUCAGAAAGGUGGGCCUUUAUCUACUAGCCUUUGGGUUUUAAGAAUAUCAGAGUCCCUUUGAUUUUUGAAGCUUAUUUGUGAACAUGAGCUGUGAGUGGUAAAUUUCAUAAAGUACUUAGUACACAUAUCUGCCUGUUUUUUUUUUUUCUUUCUUUAUAACUGGAAGGCUCAUGAUAGGUUAUAGGGUCUGGUUAAAAAUUCAGUUACUGAUGUCAAUGGAAAGUCAAAAGAAAAUACCAUUUAAAGGAAUAUAAGGGCUACAGCUUGAAGUUUAUAAUAUAUAGAUUAAUCAUUGAGGUCUUGGAUUUGGUUUUUUGGUUCCCCUCCCUCUUGUGACAUAUCUGCCCUAUUUCUUAAAUCUAAGAGACCAUGCUUUGAUUUAGACUUUCAAGGUCACUACUUAAUUUUGCAUUUGUAUUCAACAUUAUGAGUGAGGUUAAUAAAGUUGAAUAAUACUUUCUACCAUAUCUUAUGUUUAUAUUGUUAAAAACUGAUUUUACAUAGUGAGUGACCACCAAAUGUUGAAUAGUUAAUUCUUAACUAAUUCUGAAAACAAAAAUGUGUUUAUGUAGUUGAGAAAGUAAAACUCUACUUAUCUAGAAAUAAUUAUUUUCAGAAUUGGAUUUCCCACUGUAACUUUCCUGGAACAAUUUCAUUAGCAUUGCUUCUUUUCAUUCACUUCCUAAUAGUAAUUGUGAUGCUACUUUAUUUUGAUGAUUUAUACAUUAUAAUCAAAUGAAUUUUAUAAAAGUCUUCCAAUCCUGAUACAUAGGAGGAAAGUAGGCAUUUUCACAGAGUGCUGUAGGUGUUUAACUUAAAAGAAUGAAUUGCUGCCUCUGAGCAGUCAUUACAGCACCAGCAUAAUAAAGAAUAAUUAGAGGAUAACAGAAGGCACAAUGUAUGUGAUGCCCUUAAACAUACAGAUUAUAGUAAAACAGGGACAUCUAGGUGUCUUUGGCUUGAACAGUAAAUUCUUGGGGCGAAAGGGAUAUAUGCUAAGAUUUUUGAUAACCCAGAUAGCACCAUACAAGAUACCAUAAAGUAUUACUGGACAUUUUAAAGCAUUUCCUUCAAAUGCUUACAGAGGAACUGUGCCAGGGCCAAGUAUUAAUAUUUGGAAACAGCAAAUCACCAGCAAGGUGUGGACACUGGGAUGUCCAGUCAUGCUCCCUAGGCAAUUUCUCCACGUAGCCACCUCACUGUAGAAUUCAAAUUCAUGCUACAGCAAAGCUGGAGUCCUCUCUGACCAGCUUCCAGAGUUGCUCACAAGAGCUGAAAUUUGCAAGGGAGAAAUCCGAGGAUAGCAAAGAAAUAUAUUAAAUUGCCUUCCUCUUUUGUUCUCAAGUCCAGCUGCUAAUCUCUUUGCCUAUUUUUCUUUUUGCCAAGUAUCAACAAGCUCAUUUUAUAUUUCUUUUUUUAAUAUAUAUAUUUCUUUUUAAGACCUUCAGCAAUAUAAGCUUUCAAUAUCCUUUUGGCUCAACUAAGUGUUUUAUCUGGUGUUGCUUUACUGUCCUGACUCUCUUUUUAAGACAUUAUUGAGGAAUAAUUGAUAAAUAUGUAUAUAUUUAAGUAGAAACAUGGUGAUUUGAUACACAUUGUGGAAUGGUACCAAGAUCAAGAUAAUUGGCACGUACAUCACCUCAUAUAGUUAGCUUUUUUUUCUUUUUUUGAUGAUGAGAAUGCUUGAGGUCUUGGCAACUUUCAAGUAUUCAGUACCAUAUUAUUAAGCAUGGUCACAAUACUAUAUCUUGGAAAUUAUUCUUUGUAUAACUGAAAAUGUAUAUCCUUUGACCUAUGUUGCCUCAUUUCUGCCAUCUUCAGCUCUUGGCAACCACCAUUCUAUUCUCUGUUUCUAUGAAGUUGGCCUUUUUUUCUUUUUCUAGAUUCCCCAUAUCGGUGAUACCAUGUGUUUGUUUUCUCCAUCUGGCUUAUUUCACUUAAACUUCCAGGUUCAUCCACAUUGUCACAAAUGGUAGGAUUUCCUUCCUUUUUUAUGGCUCAAUAAUAUCCCUCUGUGUGUACAUGUGUGUCUGUGUACCAUUUUCUCCCCCCAGAGUAUUUUUUGAGCUCCCUUUUGACUUCUUUGAGCCAUUAGUUGCUCAGAAGUGUAUGUAUAAUUUCCAGUUAUAUGAGUUCACUUUUGUGAACUUCCCAGCUUUCCUCCUGUUACUGAUUUCUAGUUUCAUACCAUUGUGAUCAGAAAAGAUACUUGGUAUGAUUUUAGUCAUAAAUUUGUUGAGAUUUAUUUUGUGACUUAACGUAUGAUCUAUCCUGAGAUGUUCCUGGUGUGCUUGAGAAGAAUAUGUACAGGUAAUACCUCAGAGAUAGUGCGGGUUUGGUUCCAGACCACUACAAUAAAGUAAUUGUCACAA